AUGUCGACGCAAGCGGCAGCCAAAGUCGCCGGUGACGUGGUGAGCAUCGCCAAGAAACACACACUCCAGUCCACGGGCAUCUGGGAGGUAGUCCGCCGCUUCCUCACCCUCGACCCCAACCGCUCCAAUGGCGUGCCGCUCAACCCUCACUUCCGUUACCCGGCUCCCGGCGCCAACGACCCCCUCGAGUACAACGACCCCGUGACGAUUCCCGCUGGCGACAUCGCCGACAACGCCUACUGGAAGCGCGACCACCGCCGAGCGUACCCCCAGCUCAGCGUCGUCGACCAGGCCCAGUUCGCCUCGCUCCUGAGCGUCGGCAGCGCCGCCGCCCCCAAGGUCGACCUCAUCGGCGAGGCUGGUGAGCAGGCCCUCGUGGCUGCCAAGCAGGACGCCGAGACUGGCCUGGCCAAGGCCCUGGAGAAGGCCCCCAAGGAUGUGACCAAGGACGUGUUCGUGGAUGGUCUGCCGCCCCUGCCCAGCGGCACCAGCCUGGCGUCUGGAAAGUGGGAUGUGCACAAGUAUGCCAUCACGGAUACUUCCUAUGGCGAGGGAUAUCCUUGCAGGUCGUUCAAGUAA